CCGCGCGCAGCUCCUUCUUCAACGCGCUCGUGCCGAUCGCAGGAGAGCGCAGCCGGACUCGGGGACGAGCAUCAGCUCAAGGUUGUCGCUGCUCAGAAUUGAACAUCAAGGUCAGGAGAAGAGAAACCUGGGCAUCAGGUCUGGUGUCAUUCCACGCUCGACUGAGAUGAACUGAAACCCGGCAGCGCGGCACGCAGGCGAAUCUUCUUCUCUGGAUUUCGAGCCCCUCCUUUCCCUCCGGCACGGAGCGAUGGCGUCGCCGUGGCGACCUGGAUCGACCCUCCUGCUGGGCUUCCUCUGCUGCAUCAGCACCUUCCGCCCGGCCGCUCUCCUCGACAUCCCUCUCGAGGUGUUAGCUCAAGUGAACAUUGAGCAGCUCCCCACCAUCACGCAGCAGUCUCCCGCCUCCAUGAUCGCGUUCCCCUUCGACGAGAGCUUCACCAUGAGGUGUGAGGCCAAAGGGAACCCUGAGCCAGAAUACAGAUGGACGAAGAACGGCCAGUACUUCGACCCCUCCCUGGACCCCAGGAUCACGAAGGAGGACGAGUCGGGCUCCUUUAUCAUCACGAACAACGGCAACGUCACCGAGCAUCAGGGCCGUUACCGAUGCUACGCCUCAAACAAGCUGGGCACCGCCAUGUCGGAGGAGAUUGAGUUCGUCGUGCCCCAUGUUCCGAAGUUCCCCAAAGAGAAGAUCGACCCCAUUGUAGUGAAAGAGGGCGACCCCGUCGUCCUGGAAUGUAACCCUCCCAAGGGGAUCCCACCUCUGCAGAUCUACUGGAUGACCUUAGGGCUGCAGCACAUCGAGCAGGAUGAGCGGGUGUCCAUGGGUCUCAACGGGAACCUCUACUUCUCCAACGCGCUGCAGAAGGACAGCCGUCGCGACUACUGCUGCUACGCCGCCUUCCCCAGGAUCCGCACCAUCGUGCAGAAGACAGCCAUGUCCGUCGUGGUGCAGAGCACCAAGUCUGUAAGUGGCUCAGAGUCAGAAGCCAGUGCCAAUGCCAUCUUGGAAAGGAAGCCGAGUCUUCUGGUGCCAUCUGGUGUUCGGACCGAGAUCAGGCUGGUCAAGGGGGAAGAGAUGCAGCUGGAAUGCAUUGCAGAAGGAUUCCCCACCCCAAAAAUAGAAUGGACCAAAAUGGGCAAAGGGCUCCCAGAGCGAGUGAGCGUACAGAACCAUGGCAAACUGCUCACUGUGCUGCGAGUCCAAGAGGAAGAUAACGGGAAAUACAUGUGCAGGGCCAGGAACGCCCACGGGGAAGCUGAGCACUACUUCCACGUAACAGUGGAAGAGCCACCAAAAUGGAUUUCGAUGCCGGAGAGCACCAUCGCAACAGUUGGGACUGAAGUCAGGAUUAAUUGUGUGGCCGCUGGUUUUCCCCAGCCCUCGACGGUGUGGAGGGUCAAUGGACAGUCUCUAAACGAUGUGCCGGCAUCCAACAGAAAGGUGUUUGAUGAUGCCAUCGUCCUGCACAACGUGAAGCCCAGCGACAGCGCUGUGUACCAGUGCGAAGCCUCCAACCGGCACGGGACCAUCCUCGCCAAUGCCAACAUCCUGGUCAUGAACCUCCCUCCCAUGAUCCUGACGGAGGACUCGCAGGAGUACGCCGCCGUGGUGGGGAGCAGUGUGAUCAUGCACUGCAAGGUCUUCAGCUCCCCAGCCUCCACAAUCAUGUGGACCAAGGAUGACACGGAGAAGUCGGUGGAGGGAGAAAGAUUUUCUGUUCACGACAACGGCUCCUUGGAGAUCCGCAGCGUCCAGAAGGAGGACAUGGGACAGUACACGUGUUUUACCACAAACAUAGAGGGCAAAUCAGCCAUCACAGCCAUCCUGGAUAUAAAAGAUCCUACGCAGAUAGUGGAGCCGCCGCAGGACCUGCGAGUGCUCAGAGGGACCACGGCUCAGCUCACAUGCCAAGCGGAGUACGACAGGAGCCUGAGGGGCAGUUUCGGCAUCCUGUGGGAAAAGGACGGCGCCGAGCUGGUGCUGAACCUCACCGAGAGUACCGGGUACAUUGUGGAUGAGGGGCUACUGCAGAUCAUUAAUGUAACUCACAGAGACCAGGGCGUGUACACCUGCACAGCCAGAACCUUGCUGGACCAGGACAGUGGCUCUGCACAUCUCAUAGUGCUGGAUGCGCCCGACUCUCCGGCUGACCUGGUCCUGUUUGAGCACAAGGACAGGAGCGUGAGGCUCAAGUGGGUGCCGGGGGACGACCACAACAGCUCCAUCACCGAGUUCAUCGUGGAGUACGAGGAGAGCCAGUGGGAGCCCGGCAGGUGGAAGAAGCUCAGCCAGGUGCCGGGGACGCGCACCUCGGCCCUUCUCAAGCUGCACGGGCACGUGGACUACCGGUUCCGCGUGUCGGCCGUCAACGGCGUGGGCAGGGGGGAGCCCAGCGAGCCGACGGGAAGAUACAAAACCCCGCCUUCAGCUCCAGACAAAAACCCUGAAAACAUCACAGUGGAAGGUCAUUUGCCAGACGAGAUGGCUAUUAACUGGGAGCCACUUCCACCAAUCGAACACAACGGCCCGGGCCUCGAGUACAAGGUGAGCUACCGGCGUAUGGGUACCGACGAAGACUGGAAGGAGCAGGUGGUCAAGAGGCACUCCUUCAUUGUGAAGAACACCCCCACGUUCGUCCCGUACGAGGUCAAGAUCCAGGCGAGGAACCACCAGGGCUGGGGUCCGGAGCCAAAGGUGGUGAUCGGCUACUCUGGAGAAGACUUUCCCUCCGGAGCCCCUGACGACGUGGCCGUGGAGGUGAUGAACAACACGCUGGUCAAGGUCACCUGGACACGCGUUCACAAGGACAAGGUGCAUGGCCACCUGGGAGGCUACAGGGUGAACUGGUGGAGGCUGCGGAGUUUGCUGCAGUCCAAGAAGGGCCACGGUGAGAAGCACUCGCUCACCUUUUCAGGGGACCGAACCCACGUGCUGGUGCCAGGGUUGCGACCCUUUUCUGAGUACAGCCUCACCGUCAUGGCUUUCAAUGGGCGCGGAAAUGGGCCCGGUAGUCACCCGGUGACCUUCAAAACCCCGGAGGGAGCCCCUGAGCAAAUCCCAAUUCUGAGGGCCACCAACGCCCAGAGGAAUUCCAUCACACUCGUGUGGGCGCCACCGCUGGAGGCAAACGGCAUCCUCACAGGCUACCUGCUGCAGUUUCAGCUCAUCAACGACACCAAUGAUGUGGGCAGCCUGCAGUCGGUGAACAUCACCUCUCCUGAUACCAACAAGUGGGUGCUGCAGGACCUGGAGCUGCUCAGCCGCUACAAGUUCUACUUGAGAGCCUGCUCCAGGGUGGGUUGUGGGCCACCCAUCAGCGAAGAGAGCGCCACCGUCCCGGAAGCUAAUGUCUCCCCAGCUACACCUGCACAACCUACUGUCGGCCUCAGACAGUCCACCACUCUCUCUCCUCCAAGCACCACCACAUUCCCAAUGGCCAAUGUCACACUCCCUUCAUUAGUCCCGGCCCUGUUGAACAUUAGCUCCUCUGUUAGUGACAACUUUGCGAAAAUCAGCUGGAUUCCAGGGAGGGAGCAUAAGGACUCAGAGUUCUAUGUUGCGUAUAAGAAUAACCGUAAAGGUAACUGGAAGAUUUCCGAGGCAGUAAACACGUCUAAGACUUUCCACAUCAUUCACGGCCUCGAACCUGGGACCGUGUACACUGUGCGCCUUGUGACUAAGAAUGGGCUUGAUAAUUCUAGUAUUUUUGAAGACGUUAUCAAGACCAGGGGGACAGGUCUGGCCAGCAUGCAUGGAGGGAUAGCCACACAAAGUUGGUUCAUCGGAUUAAUGUGUGCAGUCGCUCUUCUCACCCUUAUUGUCUUAAUUGCCUGCUUCAUCAAUAGAAACAAAGGGGGCAAAUAUUCCGUAAAGGAGAAAGAAGACCUGCAUCCAGAUGUUGAAUCCCAGGGUAUGAACGACGACACGUUCUGCGAAUACAGCGACAAUGACGAGAAGCCGCUCAAAGGCAGCCUGCGGUCCCUCGGUGGUGACAUGAAGGCCGCGGACAGCGGCGACAGCCUUGUGGAUUACGGAGACGAGGACGGUCAGUUCAAUGAGGACGGCUCCUUCAUCGGCGAGUACGCCGGGCGCAAGGAGCGCUGCUCCGCGGAAGUCAAGGGGACCGUGCCUAUCACCGCGUGAGGACGUGGUGGGGGGGGGGGGUGGGGGUGGCUACGCCAUCCAUCUUGGGGACAACGCCGUAAUGCAAUUUGUGGGGAAGGGAAAAGGAAAUAAAUGGCUUAAUCUAUGUGAAGCACAAUUUCACGUGGAAAUUAAAGUGUUCUUGUCGGCCACACAGCCCCCCGAUCCUGUGCGGCUCAGUUGUACCCGCCACACUGUUACAGAUUUGCAACCAUUCCCAAAAUAUAUAUAUAUUAUAUACAUAUUACCAGCUUGUUUUAUAUCACUGUAGACCAUUUUUGCUGCCUUUUUUAAAUGCAGCAACUGUUUGUACUCCACUCGAAAUACCGAAACGAAAGUUGUUUGGUUGUUGUUGCCUAUGCAGCCUGGCCUUUUCUUCCCAGGUUUCCAAGCCUACAUUUCCCAUAUAGCAUGCAAGUGUUUUUGUGAAUAUAUGUAUUCUGUGUUUUUUUUUUUUCUUUGCAGCCAAGAAUGUUAAUAGAUUUUAUAUUUGAGGUAUAAACAUUAAAUGCCAUUUAAUGAGCGAACACGAUCGUUUACUCGCGGCACGUUUUACAUGGGUGUACUCAGAAAGGGCGGAAUGGGUUGAGCUUUUUUUCCAAUGGGUCAGACUUAUGAAUAAGCAGAGUGAAAAUUUUCAAGAACAGAUUUUAGUGUGAGGAAUUCCAGAUUUUUGUGGAGGGGGUUGUUAACUGAAAUGUAACCAUAUAUUUUCUAUUUAGGUUGCGCCUAUUUUUGUUAAUAUUUUGUCCAUUUUAUUACCUAGCUGUACAUUUAAUAUAAAAUAUCAAUUGUCAGAGGACUGUUUUUAUUCAAAGGUCUGUUCGAAGUCAUAGUUACACAUUCAUUUGAGGCAUUACUAAAAUGGCAGCGGCUGAUGGCAACAAACUGUAUAGUCCCUUACUCAAUACAUUCCUGAUUUCCUUCCGUUUUCCACACACUUUUUUCGACUGCAGCGUAUUUUAUGUUGAGAUACUUACUUUGCCAUGUGAACUGACCACGCAGUUUCAUCCAUGAAGUGCACUAAUUCAAAAAUGUCACAGUAUUUUUCAGCGUUUUAUUUAUGAUCUCACACUCUGACAUUAAUAGGUGUUUUAAACUCUUGCAAACAGGUAUAAUUCAGUGCCAGUCAAAAGCUUGAGUACACUUACCGAAACAAGGUUUUCUUUCAAAAUUGUCAACGUUUUACAGCAUAUACAGUAAGUUGGUCUUGGGCAGCAGAUUAAUUGAAAUGUGAUGUUUAUUUGAUGCUUUUAGCUCCAUUCAGGGUAAGUACCUUGCUCAAGGACACCCCAGAAGAAGGUGAGACUUGAUCUUGCACCCUUUGGAACCAAAGGUGGUAGCUGUAACCUUUAUGCCACCUGUUACCCCCUCAAAGUCAAAACUUACAUUGUUCAUAUACAGUUAUACAGUUUAAUGAACAUGUAUUCACAGAAAACUUGGUUUCAGGUAUUUUAUGUUCUUCAAAUACAACUUUGACCAAUGUAUGCAUCAUUUUGUCCUUUCAAAAGCCCUCCUUUUCACUUAUAUUUUGCAUCUUCUAAUUUUGGUGGGAAAAAAGAAAAGAAACAUGGAAUGCCCAUACUCAGCCCUCAGGGAAGGUAUUUAAGGAGCUCCCAGAUUCUUCAAAUGUCAGUCUGUUUGAUUUGUCAAAAGCGUUUAUUUGUCAUCAUAUUGCCAGCAACUUUACAUCUGAAUUUCUAGAAAUUAACAUUAGUUGAUCAGAUUCUAUUAAUGCUUGUAAUAGGAUGUUUGCACUUAAAAGCUAAAAAUAUUGAUGAUGCAUGACAUAGUAUAGAAAAAAAUAAUAUGUUUGUGUAUGCUUUUAGCCACUACAUUGGACAUAUCAUAUGUUGAAACUUUUUCUGAAUGUUACAGCAAAGUACUGCAGUCUUACACAAUGACACAGGAGGGUCAAUAGCAAAGAAUUUGUUUAGUUUCUUUUUUUCUUGUACCUAAGGAUGUGCAAACACUAUUUUUUUUUUUCAUUUCUUUGAUAUUCAUUACUACAUUAUGAAAACAGAAUGGCAGGGAGAGAAAAAAUGGAAAGGCGGUGUCCUGAUGUACAGCAUAAACAGGUGCACCAGUGUAUGUAACCAGCGGUAUGAUGGUGACUGGAUGUCAGGCAAAAAAAAUAAUAAGUGCAAUUCAGGUUAGACAUGUUCUGUGAAAAUUCCACUAUGCUGACAACUUGACAGGUUGGAAAUAUAUAAAUAAAAAAGGUCUGGCACUUUUCUUUAGACCAGUAAUAGUAAAAAAAAAAAACACACAUGUGGAACUGGCUAAUAGUUCUAAAUAAGGGAAUUUAAGUAAUAGGCACUCACAAGCUCUUUUUUCAGCCAGAGGUAAUCACAGACAAAAGUACAGAAAGGUAUGAAAUGAAAUGAGUGAGAAAUAACCAGUGCCCCCCGUUGUAAUUUAAUUUACCUGGGCUCCUCUGUGUGCCAGACUCGGCCUUUGCGGUAGGUCAAGCUUAAGACGGAUGAAUGGGGAAGGGAAAGGUCACCCCUGCUGAAGUGUGCCACCAAGUCCUCCCAAGAGUGGAAGGAGCAUUUCCACAUCAAGAAGUCCCCAACUCCUUCAUCUAAAUCACCUUGAACGCUAUAAAUAAUCUAAAACUCGGGUCAACGUAGGCAUUUCCCUGUAAGACCCAAUGAAACCUCACCUUGUGCAGCACUGGAACAAAUGGUUGGUUUAAAUGCGGAAGAAAAACGAGCGCUUCCCCCCUUUCCCCACAUCCCAUAAAUCCUGUAGUUGCCAGCGUUCUGCCAUCUGACUUUACAAGUAAAUGCGAUCGUCUCAUCUAAGACGGACAGCUCACCGAAUGAGCUGUAAAAUCCAUGAUGCAACUCUUCCGGUUCGUGUUGGAAAGGAAAAUAAUGACCCGGGCUUUAUUUCGAUACCGUUGUUAGGGUGAAGAUGUCCUUAAAUGAAAUCCUUACAAUUUUCUGUAAUUCUCUUUCUGUUGCUAUUUACUAACCUCUGGAUUUCUGACAAAAGUAUCUAUUUUCUUACACACCAUUUGCCCCAAAAAACCUACGCAGCUUUCUACCCUAC